AUGGCAGCGCUCUUCACCAUAAAAGCGUUCUGUACUGAUGCAUUUGAUCAGCACAUCCUUAUCAAGAGCGUUAAUACUACCACGGUGGUUUACAUCAACCAUAUGGGGGGUAGGAAGAAGGAGUGCAACGCUACUGCCAGAGAGCUGUGGAUGUGGUGCACUGAGAGGAAGCUCUUUGUUACAGCUACUUAUUUGCCUCGUGCACUCAACGUGCGAGCAGAUGCAGAGAGCUGUGGAUGUGGUGCACUGAGAGGAAGCUCUUUGUUACAGCUACUUAUUUGCCUCGUGCACUCAACGUGCGAGCAGAUGCACAGAGCCCAGGGGACCACUCAUCAGCCACCCGAAUCCGGAAAAAGUAAACAAACUGCCGGAAAUGAGACUGGUGGCAGCCUUGGUCGGGAAUCAGGAGAGACUGAUGAGGAGCUCGAUCACAUUGCCAAGGACGUUCUUUCGGCAGCAUGGCGGGAUGGAACGAAAAAGCAAUACAAUGGUUACUUGCUUAAAUGGUUCACCUUUUGUAACGAACGGAACUGUGACCCCAUGGUUCCGGAUGUUAACCUAGCCCUACGUUUCCCGACUUCCCUAUAUAAAAAGGGACUGGGGUACUCAGCGAUAAACACCGCUGGGUGUGCUUUAUCGGGCAUUAUCACUGUUGAUGGAAAGCCGUUUGGGACUAUUUAUGUGGUGAAUAAGUUCAUGAGAGGCUUGUUUAAUCUUAGGCCUGCGCUGCCUAAGGCAGUGGUGACUUGGGACGUUUCUGUGGUUCUAGCACACCUCAGGUCUCUGUCACCUGUGACAGAGCUGUCCCUAAAACAGCUUUCCAUCAAAGUGGUAAUGCUCAUGGCAUUACUUACCGGGGCCCGGUGCCAGACACUGCAUCUAAUAGACAUCAGAAAUAUAUCCUUAUCAGAGACCGUAUUAAAGAUUCGCUUUGGUGACUUGCUGAAGCAGACAAGACCUUGGUUUCAGCAAGAAGAGCUUGUUAUCAAUGCUGAUGCGCCGGAUAGGCGGUUGUGUCUAUGUGCAGCUCUAUUGGAGUAUCUGAAGCGAACGGAGUUCUUGAGAGGCGAGCAUAAAAGCCUGUUUAUUAGCUCCAUUAAGCCUCAUGGACCAGUGGCUAAGGACACUAUAUCCAGAUGGGUGAAAGAGGUGAUGAAGGAAGCAGGUGUGGACACCGAUAUAUUUAGCCCGCAUAGUGUUCGGGGUGCUGCAACGUCUAAAGCCAAGCUAGCUAAGGUAGCCAUAGCUACUAUAUUGAAAACUGCAGGAUGGUCUGGGGAAAGGACAUUUGCUAAAUUCUACGAUAAGAAAAUUGUUCAUGAGGGACAAUUCGGUGAGGCUAUCUACAAGCAAUAG